GCUUAAUCUUUGAAACUGAAAUGAUAUGAUCGUCAGUCUAACUUUGUUUUUCGUAGUGAAUAGUCAGUUGUAAUUAUUAAAUCAAUAAUUAAGUACAUAUUUCAAAAUAAGCAUAUUCGACUUAACUACACUAAAUAACAUGGUGUCUGUACAAUUUGUGGUGGCAGUUUUGGCCUUUGGUGCUGUAGCAGCUUUAGCUGAGAAACAAACACCAAUUGUUGCUAUUGCUAGCAUUCAAGGAAGCGAAGGGAAAGUCAAAGGCAAUGUUACCUUCACACAAAACGCCUGCGGUGAAAAUGUUUAUAUUCGAGUCUUAAUAACCGGAUUGACACCUGGAAAGCAUGGAUUCCAUGUCCAUGAGAAAGGAGAUUUGACAAAUGGGUGCGCUAGUACUGGAGGACAUUACAAUCCCGACAAGAUGGACCAUGGAGCGCCCGAGGACGAAGUACGUCACGUGGGAGAUUUGGGCAAUGUUAUGGCCGAUGAGUCAGGCACAGUCGACACAACCCUUACCGACCACCUCAUCACAUUGACAGGCAAACAGUCCAUCAUCGGACGUGGUCUUGUAAUCCAUGAAGGAGUCGACGAUUUGGGCAAAACAAAACAUCCUGACUCAAAGAAAACCGGAAAUGCUGGUGGUCGUGCUGGUUGUGCUGUAAUCGGACUCAAAUCGGACAUUGAUGAAUUACCCUGCAGUGCAUCGGACUCAAUACACGGAUGGAGAAAUGCAUUCUUUAUGGUUGUAGUUGUUUCGGUCCUUAAGACUUUCCUAUAAACUUCGAGCAGAAAAGUAUCUCAAACGAUUGUUUUUUUUUUGUUGAACAUCAGAAAAAGUUAUUGCAAUUAUGUUGGUAUUAAUUUCGAUCAACUGCGUUGAUUCGAUUCUAUUUUUAUAUAUAUUUAUAUAAUAAUCACAGAAAUGAAUUAUUACAUAAUAAAUUCAAAGUAUUAAUUGUUAAA